UAGAUACCAAAAAUAUAAAAAGACAAAUAAAAAAUCGAUAUAAAUAUGGCACCGAUAUUGUUAAAGGUCAAAGGUAAUACAGAGUCUUUGCCAUUUGGUAAUCUUGAUUCGCCAGAUGAUCUUUCAAAGACUUGGAGAGUGUGUACUAAAGUAAAAGACUCGCUUGAAAAUGGCUCAAGGCUUGAAAAUUUAUCAUGGAGGCUAUGGUUUGCGCAUAAUGUGAAUCAAAAAAAGAAGAAAUUCGCUUCCCCUACUGUCUCUUUCAAGAUCCCUGAUGACUUUGAUUUUAACAGAAAAAAGAAGAAGAAAACCAUUCAAGAAAAAGAGAUUGAAUACAGACGAAACUUAAAAUUACAACAACAAAAACAAGCACAACAUAUCUUACAGGAGCAAUUUACAUUGCAAAAGUUCACUUCAGAUCAAGCAGGUGACCAAGUCAUCGAGUUGGAUGACAUUUUUAAAAACUAUCUGAUACCUUCGACAACACCGCCUCAUCCUCAACAGCAAUCACAUCAACGACAGCACCCAUCGACACAACAACAGUUGAACUCAGAAAGUUUAAUGCAUCAAAGCUGGCCGAUAGAAGACUACUCACUAUCAUGUAUGCAAAAUUAUUCUCAACAACAAGCAUACUGUAAUCAAAGCUCUGCCCUUUAUGUCUCGGCGGAAACAAUGCCUCCUAUACCCAUUGGUACACUUCAUAAUAGACUAUUAGCAACUUUACCUAGAGAAACAUUAGAAUCUGCGGAAAGACUACUACUAUCCUCCACAGACAAUGAAAUGCUCAUGCAGUCAUCGCAACAACCAUGCUUCAUCCAAUCAACCCCAAACACACCCUUCCUUUCAUUUUCUUCAUCCUCAUCCUCGUCUUUUGUGCAUCAACCACAGCUAUCGCAGUUGUCACAGCAACAACAACAUCUAUCACCACAGCAACAGUUGCCACAACGAUUACCGCAGCAACUACCACAGCCGCCAGUACUUCUUAAUCAACCCUCAUACCACUCCUACACUCAGUCUUCAUUAACUGUGAAUACCGAGACAGCAGACAGUAUACCUUAUCAAUCAAAAUCAUUGCCACCCUCUAGAGCCCCCUCACCUACCUCCCAUUCACCCUCGCCUUCAUCGCCCUUGUCCGUAAAGAAGAAUUCGUAUCAGAAGCGAGGACUUAUCCAUAGUUCACCUGCUGAUGGAAAAAUACCUAUUUGCAGCAACUGCAGUACAACAACGACGCCCUUAUGGAGAAGAUCCGCUGAUGACGAGCUACUAUGUAACGCUUGUGGACUCUAUCUAAAGCUGCAUAAUGCGCCAAGGCCAAAGCAUCUAAAGCCGCAAUCCUCGAGAAAGGAUGCAAGAGAUGAUGACCAUAUCGUUCAACCAGUAUGCUCGAAUUGUGGGACAUCGACCACACCGUUAUGGAGACGUGAUGUGGAUGGUUCACCUUUAUGUAAUGCAUGUGGUCUUUACUUAAAACUCCAUCAUGAAAAACGGCCUCUGUCGAUGAAGACAGACAAUAUAAAGAAACGUCAACGAAGCGAACACUCAUCGAGCCAAGAUAACAAAUCUAAAGAAAAAAAGAAAAGUGGCAACAAGCAUCCCGAAUCACAAUCAUCAUCAUCAUCAAAAGGAACAACUACUUAUCAAUUCAUGGAAGGCAUUAUUCAUACAUCUAAAAAUGAAAGCAACACAGAACACGCUCAUUUCAGUACAUUUGGUAUUAACCAAUUCAAUUGUAAAGCUUAAAUUUCUUUAUUCUCUCCUUUUCUCCCCUUUCAUUCCUGUCAAUCUGUUUGAUGCAUUAAAUAAAAAGUUUUGUUUUUAAAAAAGUGUAGAUAUAAAAUACAUUCAUAUUCUGUGUCCUUUUGGCCCAUAACACACAUGCAAUAAUGACUUCUUUGGUAUAGAAUAGUUGGCUCCCAGUGAGAACUUUCCCUCCUUUGGACCUUGUAGGAUGCGUUCCUUUUUUUUCUCACGGUUAGCUAUUGCAUUAAAUAUCAGUUGAUGAUUAUAAAUAUAUAUGGGGCUGGUUCUCUUUUUU